AUGGGUUACCACGUUUCUGACGCAAAUUCGUACCUUGUCAUCACCGGAGGUGGCAUAAAGGACAUCAGCAUUGUUAAGAAGGCUUUCGUGUAUCCAUGGCAAAAGCACUCCAUCAUAUCCAUCAGCCCUUUCGACUUCGAGAUUACGCUUCAAGCUAUGACUUGCGAGAAGCUGCAAUUCAGUCUCCCUGCCGUGUUCACCAUUGGGCCAGACGACACUGCGGACUCUCUGCGAAAGUACGCUAAGAUUCUCACGGGGAGGGAUGCAGGCAAACGCGAAACUGCUACAGGUCGUAGCCAUGUCCAAGACAUAGUCAAAGGUAUCAUUGAGGGAGAGACCCGCGUGAUCGUCUCCGGGAUGACCAUGGAAGAAAUAUUCAAGGAGCGCCAACUGUUCAAGAGCAAGGUCAUCGAAAACGUACAGGAGGAACUUAACCAAUUCGGACUGAGGAUUUAUAAUGCCAAUGUGAAGGAGCUCCAAGACACAGCAGGAUCCGAAUACUUCAAGUUCCUUAGUCGAAAAGCUCAUGAAGGUGCUUCCAACCAAGCCAAAGUCGAUGUCGCCAAUGCUUGUAUGAUGGGCGAAAUUGGAGAAGCAGAGAAGCGUGGCAAGACCAAGCAAGAAAUCAGCCGAAUCAACGCAGAAACCGCGGUCUUGGAAACCAAGCGAAAGUCCGAGAAGGCCACCGCAGAUGCCGAGUUCACAACUACCCAGACCAAGCUCAAUAUGGGUAUCAAUCUAGAAAAUAUCCAGGCAACUCGUCGUGCCGAAGCUAAGGAUGCUGAAUUGCAACGUGACGUCGAGGUCAAACGAGCGGAAAUGGAACUGGAGAGGAUGAGAGCGACUGAGGUCGUCCAAGCCACAAUCAAGAGGGAAUCCGCAGAACAAGCAGCCGAGGCGAAGCUAUUCUCCGAAACUAAAAGUGCCAAUGGAUUGCUCUACAGAGAAAAGCAAGCAGCAGAAGCACGACUAUUUAUGGACACGAAAUCUGCGGAAGGACUCCUGUAUAAGCACCGCCAAGACGCAGAGGCCAACUAUUACCGCGUGGCGAAAGAGGCUGAAGCCAUAUUAUAUGCUGAAAGACAAGCCGCCCAAGCCGCGACAGUCAAGGCUGAAGCAUCAUACUUCGCCAAAAAGAAAGAGGCAGAAGCGAUGACUGAGAUGGCCAAAGCAUACGGUCACAUGUCAGAGGUGCUCGGCGGACCCCAAGGCUUACUUCAGUAUAUGAUGUUGCAAAACGGUACCUACGAAAAGCUCGCCAACGCAAAUGCAGCAGCAAUCAACGGGCUCCAACCGAAGAUCACUGUUUGGAACACGGGGGACAGCGCUGGCUCUUCGAGCGAUGGUACGGGAGCCAUUCGGAAUAUUAUGCAGAGCCUCCCUCCGCUUUUCUCCACAAUCAACGAGCAGACAGGAAUUUCGCCCCCUACGUGGUUGGCGCAAAUGGGCCCCAGCCAGGCGCUCGACAAGGGGAAGCCAAAGGGGAAGUAUGUCAACGGUGAGGUCAAUGGCCAUUGA